CCGCACGCAGAAGAUUUUCCGCAAGAGGAAACUGAACCUGGGAGGCGCUGCCGGGUGGAAAUGGCAGGGAAGAUGGCGGAGCCGGGGCCUCCCGCGUCGUGCGCGCCUGUCCCUCCAGGGGGUCUCGCUUAGGCGCUCACCUGUGUCCGAUCUGCGAUGCCCCCUGCCCGGCUCUUUCAUGAUGGAUGGGACGCCUGUGGGAGAGCCCACCCAUGUGGUGUCUAAACUCAGACUGUCCCCCGAGGAGGAAGGCACGGAACGCUGGCUGAUGGGAGACCAGGCUCGAGUGUGGGACGCUUUAAAGACGGAGGAGAGCUCGACUCAGGACUGGGGCGAAGAGGUAGAGGAAGGAGCUGUUUACCACGUCACUCUCAAGAAAGUCCAAAUCCAACAGGCUGCCCACAAAGGGGCGCGGUGGCUGGGGGUUGAAGGGGACCAGCUGCCUCCAGGACACACGGUCAGUCAGUACGAGACCUGUAAGAUCAGGACCAUCAAGGCUGGCACGCUGGAGAAGCUCGUGGAGAACCUGCUGACGGCCUUUGGGGACAAUGACUUCACCUACAUCAGCAUCUUCCUGUCGACCUACAGGGGCUUUGCCUCCGCCAAGGAGGUGCUGGACCUGCUGCUGGACAG